CUUGGCCUCAAAUUCGGUGUCAUCCGCCCUCAAAUGGGAAGUGGAUUCGCGUGACAACCCUGCAUGGGCUCCGACUCCUUUCAUAUAGGCGGGACUGGACCCGCCCAGGGCGUGGUCCAAGUCGUCGACCCCCAAGAUACGACUCAAUUCCGAAGCUAUCCACAUUUUAAUUCCACCCACGCCCAUCGGCCCCUUCAUUCUCUACGACAUGACUUCCGAGACAGUGGAGGGUGUGCUCAAUACCUUAAAAGACAUGGGCUUCAAUGAGCAAAAGGCCACUAAAGCCUUGACGCUAACCGGCUGGAAAGGUGUUGAACCAGCUAUGGAAUGGCUGUUGGCCCAUCCGGAUGAUGAUGGUGUAUUGAAUGAGGAGGAUUUAGCCUCGGCCCCGACUCAAUCGGAAGAUUCAGGGCCCACUGAACCCAAGCGAAUCCUGACUGAAGAGGAGAAGGCGGAGCAGCUCAAGAAGCUGGAAGAAUUGCGGGUCAAGAAACGGGCUGAGAGAGAAGAGAGAGAGAAAAAAGAAGCCAUUGAACGGGAGAAGAAGCGGGUUGAAGAUGGGAAAGCCAUGUAUCAAGUCAGGGAUCAGCUUCAACGUGAUGAAAUGAAAAAGAUUGCUGAAGAACGGCGACGUGAGAAGCUGGAAACGCAACGUGCCAAGGAUCGUGUGAAAGCACAGAUUGAAGCUGACCGACAGGCGCGGCGUGAGCGCGAGGCCGAGUUGAGAGGAGAAAGCUUGCCCGUUGCGCCUGUGGCGCCGCUGGCCCAGGUGGUGCCAUCUGGUGAGAAGCGUAAUUAUGAUGAGACGCGUAUCCAGAUUCGCUUGCCUGAUGGGUCAACGCUUCGGCAGUCGUUUCAAUCCAAGGAACCCCUUUCGGCUGUGCGGCUCUUUGCAUCGUUGAAUAGGAAGGACGGCCAAGUUGGGGCCGUGCGGCUCAUGACGAGUUUCCCCAAGCGAAUUUUUGAAGAAGCUGAUUAUGAGGAGCCAUUGGAUUCCCUUCAGUUAGUGCCCUCCGCCGUUCUAAUAGUGAUGAAGAAUUAAGUAAAUGUUGUUUUUGUUUAAUACUUUGGGCAAAAAGAAUACAUGAUUGCUCUUGCAA